GCGAUCUCGUCCGAAGUGUCGGGGCGCUCCUCGUCGAGCUCUUCUGGCGACUACGCUUCGAUCGACCGGUCGUUGCGUAGUUCGAUGGAUCGAUCGCGGUCCUGUACAUUCGAUCCUUCCGAAAGAGGACCGAGUGGUUCACCGGAAAUCUCCAUUUUCUUCGUGUACAAAAAUUCCACGUGAUCGCUUAAUCGCGUGUUCGAGCCGCGAGAGAAUUCAAUGGAUGGUUCCGAAUCUUUACUUCAACAUCGUUUCAUCGAUGAUGACGUCGACGACGUUAUUCAAGACGUAAGUUCGCGUAACAUCUUUACGAAAACACGGAUCCUCUAUGUCGGGCGAUCACGACACGUGCAUCGGUUCUUCGUUUGCACACGCGUGUGAGACGAAUGCCUCAUAUGAAUUUGCCGCUUUCGAUGAAUACGACGGAGCUUCGUUAAGUUUCGAUGAUCGACGAGGGUUAUAUGCAACGAACUUAUUUCCGAGUUAGACAGUGUGCUGUUUUUAUCAAGUAUGCGGACCAAGAGUAAUACAUCUGAUUUCUGACACUUUGUGAAACAAGCAAAAUUUUUCGACAACGUGAAACGCAUAUAUUCCAUCGUGCGGACUGGUGAAAUGUAAGAGAACGAAAAAAAAAGGAGCGAGUUUUGAGGUGCAAAGUAUCGUGAGAGAUACACCGUGCGUCGCGAUGUCGUCGAGUGGUGAAUUUUCGACAAUGUCGAGCGGCGAAGCCACCGGAACCGGCGAGGACUCGUUGCCGAGCUCGAGAGAGGCGACCGCCGAGGCCGCGGGUUCCGGCGGUGGUUUCAUGCCACUGCGCGAGUUCCUGGACAGAUUCUCACUGCCAAGGGUGGUCAGGGUCGAAGGUGCCGGUGGAAGGCCGAUACUCCUGUACAAGCAACAGCAGAGAUCGCUUAGAGUCACGGCUACGCUGCUGAUGCAUCGUUACCGUCACGACGUCAAAGUGGGACCGGAAAUAGUCAUCCCGGAAGGCUAUCCUGGCUGGUUCUCAGUAGUCUCCAGCAACAGUGGCACCGGAAAUGCCAGAGUGUACAGAAGAGUCGGCGCCCUGGUGCGCGCCGGAGUGCCGGCGUUUCUGCUCGCGAAACCGUUGCGGGCUUACACGUUGACGCACUCCAAAAUGGAGAAUGGAAAUUUACGGGCCCACUACACGAAAACGACGGUGCGCGCCGGUGAGGUCCUGCGGCUGACCGCCGUUUUCCAGGACACGCGUCGGGCCCCGGUCACCAGCAGCACGACGGGAAUGGUCCCGGAAGGCAAAUGCUCGAGAUCCUCGGAGCGGGAUCAGUACGCCCAGUGCUUGGACUCCCACGGGCACGAGUUAUUCGCGCCGCUCUCAACCAGAGGCGAGUUCUACGCGACUUGUCAGAGCGGCAGCCUCGACACCGGCAGCGACGCGGUGCUCUACAGAGUUCAUCAGCUCGCCAGGAGGGAUCUACCUCUGAGGGUGCGUCUAGUCGCUGGACCCCUGCCCAUACCGUUGCCGCGAGAUUACAGCGGCCUGAUGCAGUUGGAGAACGCGACCAGAGGGCCGAUAGUCCUCGGCUGCGCGGUACCGCUGAUGCCCGAAAGACCCUUACCCAACACCACGGUGCCGGAGCUCUUGGAGCUCGUCGCGACCGGUCCAACUGCGCCCCGGGUGAAAAGGGCACGACUGGGGUGCCCUUCUGAGGCGAGAUUACUCGCCUCGCCGAAAAUGCAACGAUUACUCUCGGCUUGCAGAAGAGCCUUAGAUCAGAGGGCAACUGAACCCCGAGUCGCUCCGCCGAAACCGGCGCCGAAUAGUAAUCAGCUGAAGGAACUGCAUCUGAAGGAAAUUAAAGCGAAGCCCGAAGCGAAGCCGAUACUACAGAGCUUGAAAGAGGGCCUGGAGCACAUCAAGAAGACGACGAUCCGCGAUCGGAGCAACAGCCGCGGCGCCGGCAACAACCACAGCUUCCUCGACAGAAUCUCGAGGAUAGCGCAGGGCAGCAAGAGCAGAAACCCGGCGAAGAAAUCGGCGUCCUUCACGUUCGCCGUACGACCGGAGAUCGGCAUGCGGUCACCGGAGAGAUACGCCAGUCUGGAAUCGGAAACGAAUCUGAUGCAGGCGUCGCAGGCGUCGUCUAGGCAGCAGGUGCAGCGUUCGAUCUCGACGAGCGUUCUCGAGAUGCAGACCAGCGGACCGGAUAUGGAUCCACCGUACUCCAAGGUGAGAGACAGCCUGACGCCGUUGCCUCCCACCCCGCCGCUGGCCUGCAAACUGGAAGAGAUCUAUGCCGAGAUCUGCGAGCCGGGCGGCGGCAACGGCGGUCCACUGCGAGAUUCGCCGCAGGAUGAAAAACCGCCGCCGGUGGGAGGGAACGGGACCAGGGAACGAGAUCGGGGCUACGUGAAGCUCGCGCUGUCCAUAUCCGAGACGUCCGACGUGUCGGCGAGCACCGGCGACGACGAGGAGGGCAUUUACAAUACUGUGUGCUGAGCGCGCGCGCCUUCUUCCGUCGGGGGUAGACCCAACAUCCGCGGGGAAUCGUUUGUGACUCGUGGGUAACUGACUCCCAGGGUCGACCGGAACAAAUGAUGUGACGUGUACGGAGUCGAAAGGUCGCGGGAACUCUUCAGCGCGGCUGCGGAUAUCGAUGAACGUUUACAGACGCGAGUGGUAUUGGCGAACGUUCGUCGCGAGAGGAUCGUUUGGAGGAUCUUUAAAGGUUAAAACGGUCGAGCCAGUAUUGUCAUAAAUUUUUUUAGCGAGAGAUGUAAGAGAUGUAUAAGCACCAAGUGUUUUUAGUCCGAGCCGUAAAUCCCGAGCCUCGUCAACUCAUUCCCGAACGUGAUACGUCGUUUUCGUCUUCUUUCUUUUUGUAAUUAAAACAAUUUUUUUUAACCAACUAAAAUAUACUCUUUCUUUUUAAAUAAGUAAAAGAGAUGGGACAUAUUCGAUGUACGUUUGAAUUUAUAACACGUGAUUUAUAUUCAUUAAAGUGAAUUUACUUGUCCGUUUUCAUUCGCGUACAUUACUCGUACUUGACCUAGGUCCGGCUUAACAAUUGAAAAACAGGACGGACGAAUGAAAUGCUCUAACUGAUAAUGGAUGACGAGGGCUCGUAGAUGGGAUCGUACGAAGGUAACGUGAAGCGGGUCGUUGAACGUCCGAUCUAAACUUUCCGAACACGUCCGAGGCCGGGGCGUAUCGCGAAGCGCGCAACCGACGCGGCACGGAGAAAUCGACGGUAGAAUGUAAACGAGCCGGUCGGCGGCUUCUAGGAAGAGAAAAUUACCGACGUCCUUCGAAGGUCUAGGUCAUCGCUGGCAUCGUACGAAGCUCGAACGAGAGGCGGUAGCCGAGACUUGGCCGUCGAGCCGUGCCGAGUCGAGCCUAAUAUACGCUCGCCCGCUCGGCCGGCCAGAGCGAUACUUUGUGACGAUUAAUCCAUUAGCUCGUCAUGCUUCGCGGCAUUUGGCUUCCUUUUCGUGUACGAUGACCCCGAAGUUUCGCGCGCUCUCGCGCCCGAUUGCGUGACGUUGCGCGAUUGGCUGUUAAACGCGUGAUUACAAACCUCGCGGUAUAUAGCAGGUACUGCGUUCGAAACGCUUCGAGGAAACGAGAAGAUCUCCUACGCCCUUCUCUUUCGUUCCCUCGCGUCUCUCUCUCUCUCUCUCUCUCUCUCUUUCUUUCUCUCUCUCUUUCUCUCUUUCGUUCCUCGCAUGACGGAGCGCUCGGAGCUGCCUGUCGGCCGCUGCAUCGCCCGAGCUUAGGAAUGAUGAAGAAAGGGCGCAAAAAUCGAGGGAACGAAGAUGCGCCUAAUGGAAAUACCCGCGGGAGAAUACGCGAGGGCACCGCGAUUCGUUCGCUGAGGGCUCUCGAAGGAUCCUAACGGCUGUAAUCUUGUCUAAUUCGACGUCUACGGCGUGCGCUCGAAUCGCGCGCCAGCGAUAAAGAUGUAAUAUUUUGUAAGGUUUUGUGUAUAUUCGAAUGAAGUCGUUACGAAAGGCGAAAAUAAAAACAGAGAAUUUCUACAAAAAAA